UUUCCCGGCGAGGGCGCGGAGCGGCGCCGCGCAUGCGCAACGCGGCCCGACGGGCUCGCUCUCCCCCCACCACGCCGGCGGGCGAUGAGGGGAGGCGCGUGCGCACUGAGGCGCCCCCCGCGCGCCCCCUCAGGGCACGGCGCGGUCUGACACCCCCCGCCCCCAAAGUUGUGAGUGCCACACAGUGCCUGAUUGGUGUCUUACUCACGAGCAACUUGCUGGAAAUACUUGAAAUUUGAGAUAAUUGGACACAAAGAUGGUACAAAGCUUAGUCCUACGAGGAGCUGAGCACUCUGGAUUCAUUUCACAAAAAGACAUUUGGUCCUGCUCCCGAGGGACGUCUUUAUGCCUGCUCCCGUGUUGGCAGACCCGAGGCUGCUGUUUGCAUCUCUAGCAGCAGAUAGAUCAGGUCUUCCACCAUCAGCUGCUGUGCAGACUCCAGCAUCCUGGGACACACCGACUCUACCCUGACAUCCUUUGUCUUCAGCUCUGGAAUAAACUGACAUUGGUCCUUGCCAUCUCCUGCAGCUUGUCAAAGAUGAGACACAACAGGAUGAUUUUUUCUACUGGCUGUCCUCAUUUGGAAGAUUCCUGAAGAAUAAAGUUUCUGUACUUUUAUGUGCUUUACUUUGCUUUGUGCUAACAGUCUGAAGAGAACUGAGGUUAUGCAUCAAGCACAGAAGUACAGAUAGAUGGUCCUUUCUAUCAGAGGGAUUGGAUUUCCAGUCACUCCUAAGCUUCAUUGUCCUGGAGGUAUUUUGAACAACAGCCAUAUGGACCAAAAGGCAAAUCUUCAGUGUGGCUUUUGGCAGAUUUACCACACAGUCUGAUGUCACAGUAGAGACGGACACGACAUUCUAAGCUUCAAGCAGCAAUAGUGAUCUUUAUUGUUCACAGCUCAUAUUUCUAUGGUUUUCAAACACCACGUGUUCGAUCCCAACUGGCAAGUAAGUAACUUGUUGCCACCCAGCUCACUGGCCAAUGCUUAUGUGCUCACCAAAGACUGGCCAGCAUCCAUUCCUUGCCGUGAAGUCCUUCUGCUUUUCCGUGCUUUCUUCCUUAAAGAUGUAUACUUCCUUUUCUCACGGGUACAGGCUGAUCAAACCAAGGUCAGGGUUACCUGUAUCUGUGAGGCCUUCAGGCCAGCUGUUAGCCGUCACAUCUGAGGUCAGCACAAGAGAAAGAUACAGGUCUGCUUUACUGCACUAAACACAGGUAUCCAGUGUGGACAACUACUUCUGUGGAUGCCUCCUUCAAAAUCCAAGGUUCAUCAGUAAUGGACUGCAUUGUAUGACUAAUUUCAUCUCAAAUUGACGCCUAAGAACAUGACGUCUCCAUCUAAGAUGCCCGAAAUGAUCACUCACACCCUAAAAGCGACUUUGUCCCACAAAUGGCUUCAAAUAGAGCAAAGAUGACUGUCCCACAUGGAAACAUCCCUUGCUGCCCAGUGGCAGUGAAGUGUUUAGAAGAUACAGUGCCCUCAGUUAAAUGUAAUGUCAGAUGUUUUCCUCAGCUGCCAUCAGUCUCCCUUCUACUCUUCAGUCAAUUAUAGCAGCAAUUAUUUGUGACUUCCCUGUGCCCAUCCAGAGCACGUGAGCAGUGCUGGCUGUGCAGUGCCCAUGCCUCGACAGACCCAUCACCAGAGUGCUGCAAGCCAUGGGGUGAUCUGAACAGCCUUUGCAGCAGAGAGGGAGAAGCACCUUUGGUACCUGUGGCUGUUGUGCAAGCCACACACUGGGCAGUGAACAGUGGGCAUAAGGGAGUAAGAACCUGGCUGAGAUGUGCCUUACUUAUAUUUAGAUAACCCAUUAGUCAUCCAACUCCCAUAAACUAUUAUUCGUAUGAGUAUUUAAAGUAAAUGGAGUCAGGCCCCUCAGGUCCUUAAAGCCUGGAUGUGGGCUGCUGCCUGCAUUGUGAAACACUUUAAUACCUUUUUAACUCUGUUCCUUAAUAAAUAUUUGAGAAAAAUGAGCUUUAUGCUCCCCUAGUUGCCUGUCAUCACAUGCAUGACUUCAGCAGCACUGCACACUCCACUCCCAGUCCCACCGCACCCUUCCCUUGCUUCAUGCACCUGCGUGUUGGGAGAAACAGGGAAAGGCCAUUUAAUUGUGGGACAAAGUUCACAACUGGGGAAGGAGUGCACAGGUUUACAGGGAGCAGAAAGUGAUGUCAAAGCCUACUGGUGAUGUGGCUUGUCAUUCUAGCUGGGAGGGGCAGGCUGGGGCAGAAGCACUUUAAAAGACUUGAGGAAGUCACCCUGUGAUGCCACUGCAAAGCAGCCCUUCAGGGAAAGGGCUUCAAUUACCUACCCAGCCUCCUGGAGAUCACAAGGAAGAGCACCUUGAGUGAAACAAAGGAGAGAUGAGGGGGACGGCAAUGAAAGGACUUGGGCUGUUCAUUUUCAGUGCAAUUCUGGUGUCUGCUCACACCCUCACUGUGGAAGCACCUGCGAGGCAAAUCCAAGUGGCAAGAGGAAGAAACGCUACCCUGCGCUGUAAUUUUAAAACGAGCGCAGUUGUUGACAGAGCAGACCUGCUUGUCUGGAGAAAAAUCAGUAAAAAGAUGGACAUUGUGACGCGGUAUUUUGACGGGUUCGUGCAGUACGGGGAGGGCUACGACCACCGCAUCCAGUUCAGCGGCGACAUCGACAGCGGGGACAUCAGCAUCACCAUCAGUGCCGUGACCAUGGAGGACAACGGGACCUACGCCUGCAGCGUCCGCCUCCGCAACGACUUCCCCGCACAGACCGCGCUCCUGGACCUCUUUGUCCUGGUUGCGCCAUCCAAGCCAGAAUGCAACAUUCUGGGGACACCACAAUAUGGACAGACAAUCAACCUGACCUGUGUCUCUCGUGAGGGCUCCCCAACGCCCAAAUACACCUGGCAAAGUUUCAGUGUGCAAAAUGAGCCCCGUCUGCUACCAAACGCAGAAGGGCAACAAAUAACUCUGAAGAACAUCUCAGCAGACACCUCUGGCUUUUACAUCUGCACUUCAACAAACGUUGUGGGAACGGAAUUUUGCAACAUGACAGUCAGCGUUGUGCCACCAUCCAUGAACAUAGCUCUGUAUGCUGGCAUCAUUGGGGGAGUCGUUGCUGCCAUUGUGGUGAUUGGGAUCAUCGCCUACUGCUGCUGCUGCCGGGCAAGCAAGGACACUGACUACGAGAUGACGGUGCAAGAAGACAGAAAUGAACCCUCCAGGCAGAUGCCGACGAGGCCUGAGAGCGUAGGGGAGGAUGUGGAGAAUGUAUGAAGGAAGGAGCCACUGCCAUCUCCAGCAUCUGCUGAGGCACGGAUAUCACUGUAGAAAAGAAAUCAAUUCCUCCUUCUUACCGCAAGAAGCUGAACAAUAAAAUGAAAGCCAAAGGCUCUGCCUGCCUUCAAGUUCUGGGAGAGAACACUGUUGCUUCCCUGGACAGAAGUGCUUGAUGUACCAUGAGCACUCACAAUCUCAUAGCAGAAAGAUGCCCUUGGAGCACUGCUGCACCCAGUCAUCCAAAAAUAACCAUUCUUCCAGACUUCCAACUUUCUGAAAAAAGAAACCAGUCAGGUCUAUUUGGAGAACAGAGCUGCAGAUGUAUCCCCAGAUGCACAAAAGACUUCAAGGUCACCAACUGCAUUUCAUCAAGGAAGGGUGGUCUUGUUUACAGAGUCAUGCAAAUGUCACAGCUUUCACCAUUGUCCAACACAAACGUUUCUUAUGGAGGUUGAAGCAAGAUAAUUUUUAAAGACAUUUUAUUAAAUGUGUUCUUUGUAUAUAUUAUACAUGCACAUAUAAAUAGAGAUAUGGAAAAAAUCAUUGAUGACCAAUGAGUCUCCUGUUUGGGACAACAGUGCAUAAUAAUGUCACAGAUAAGGUAAGAACCUAGAUGGGCAGCUGAUAAAAACUAGAAACAGUCUAUUUACUGUCAGACUCCUGAAUUUCUGAGUUCUAGCUCCCACAGUUCCUAAUUUUCAUUACGUUACUCUUUCCUCCUGAUUGUUGCAUGGGCAAGUCAGAAAUAGUCCACUGCUCCUGCUGCUUCUGAAAAAAUGACAAUGUGAGAGCAUGUGCAUAGCAAGUACCUCCUUAAUUAAAAAAACAGGCAAGGGGGAAGGGGAAAGAAGAAGGAAAAAUAGCUUUUUAUUCAACACAAUAACAAUUUAAUCACAAGCACUGCAUUUUAUCUGCAAGAUGUGUGCAAAUCUGUGCAAAAAGGGAACUCCUACCACUGCUAUCUUUGGAAGAGAAUGGACUGUCCAUCGCCAAGGACUAUCAAUGGGUAUUAAAGCUCAUUAACAGCUUUUUGGGGUUGGUGGCCUUUUUUGGCUUUUUUUUAAGAUGUUUGCAGUAAAAUAUUUAUCCCUUCAAAACUCCUUGUUGCAUCUUCAACUUUAGGAGUUUCAGAAACUUACAGCACUGCCUCCCACAUACCCUUUACCCCCAAACAGUUACUGCAAUAAAAAUCUAAAAUUUAACUUCAAAGAAGAACCAGCCAUCCUCCUACACAUGACCAGCAUUUUCUAGAUUUCAAACUACAAAAAUCACCCUACCAGAACCGUAAUUCUGGCUUGCUUUCUGGCUGCCUUUGUUUUAUAUAAUACUUAAAAUACAAUUACUCAUUUGUAGUAAUAACAACAGCCAAGAUCAACAACAGGAGCUCUUUACUAACAGCACACAAAUCCACCUCCCUCUGGCAAUGGACAACCUGAAAUGCAAGAUAUUCUGAGGACCCUUUCUCCUGAUGCAUGACAAAACAUUGCAAAAAUGGAUGGCUAAAAAAGAACAUUGCACAGAUAAGCUGAAGGCAGAUUAAAAAAAAUGAAGUGCACAGCUCAGAAGCAGAGCUGGUAUGUAUUCCAGUCUCACUGUAACAAGAAAGUAGAGUGUGACUUAUCUAAUUACCAUUGUAACACAUUUCUACUGUGAAACAAAAGCUAUUUCUUUUAUAAAUGUUACAGACAUUAGUCAGAACAACCUGUUUCCCCCACCAAAACCCUGUGUCUGAAGAGGGCUUCUGCUGAGGGAUAACAAGUCUGGAUUCUCAAAGAUCUUAACUGGAAAGUCCAGCAAAAGGACUUGAGAAUUAUCAGCAGAAUAAUGCCAGAACAUAGCCAGAAGCUGGCUGUGGCCACCAAACCAUUGUAACACUCUGUUACCUGUCCCAGCUCUUCACUUUUAGGAUAGGUGAAGCCUAAUUGCUGUUGUUCAGCUGAAGUCCUCAAGUAACACUUGCACAGUGGUCAUUUUAGGCACAAAGGAAAACGCAGAUUAGCAGUAAGCAAUCGCACUAAGUUAUUUAAAGAACCAGCCACAAAAUACUGAGGGGUUUACAAAAUGACCCCCAAAUCCAUGAAUUUAAUUCUCCAUAAGCAGAUUCCAUAAGAACUAGCAGAGGAAAAGCAAGAGAGUCCAACUUGACAACAUUUAAAACAAAACUACUUCAAGUUCUGCAAUGCUAGGCUCAGUUCUGCACUGAGAAAUAAACUGAUAGCACAUGGAGAUAUGGCUGAGAUAAUCCAGUGCUGCUUAUAAUUUUUUACCUUUUUAAAAAAACCUUGGAAAUAGUGCAUUUAUCAGAAUGCUUAAUGUGUUUUUCCUCAACCAAUUUGUUCUACUCCAUCAGCCAGAAAUACACAAAUACACAUGAUCAAACUCAUGCCUUAUUCCAGGGUUUUCCUGUGACUGGAUUAAUUUCCUGCCUGCCUUGUAUGUCUUUUGGAGCAGGAAUAACUCCAAGAAUUACCUCUUGGUGUAAUACCUUAUGCAAAAUUAAACCAGCAAUAAUGAAUUUGGAGGGAAGAUAAAUUAAGCUAGUGAUACUUAACUAAUUCCAAAGAGUUAGUGUAUGUAUACUCAACUUCAAUAACCACUUCCCUCAAAAGGCAGGAAUGAGGGAGAAAAUGUAUGACCAGGCAGAAAAGUAAAUUCCUACUUUGUAUUUUACAUAGUAAACAGUAAACUGCUGUUUAUUUAUGUUCAACUUUCUUCAUUCCCAAAUUAAUCACAGAAAUCAAAGAGGCUGGUCAGGCAUACUUUAGCAUUGGCAAAUCCAUGCUGACUCUUUCCAGUCUCCCACUUCCUCUUCUCCACAUUCCCAAGAGGGCUUGCUCCAAGAUUUUUCCAAGGAGUGCAGAGGAACUGAGCAGCCCAGACUUUCCUAGAUUGCCCUUUAGACAGCUGGGCACAGUAUUUGCCUCCCAGUGCUGGGGACUUCCAAAGGUGAGGAAACAGCCUGGAGAAAGUGUCAGUCAGCUUCCUCAGCAUCCUGGGAUGCAGCACAUCUGCCUUGAGGGGGUUGCAUGGGUCUGGAACUCUCACUGCUGCUGUUCUCCUCCCUGAACCCUCCAGAGUAGACUGGCUUUCCAAACAAUAUCCCUACAGCCCUGGCAGUGUUCAUGGAUUCUUUUUUUGUAGCCCACACCUGCUUCUCCCUCCCUUACACUGCACUAGGAUGCAGCCACAAGAUCCUUGUGAAGACAAGAGUCUUCCCAAUCAAUGUCCUGGAUUGCUCUUGUGUUUGGGAGACACUGCCCUUAAUGAACUGCCAACCUCAAUGCUUCUUUACCCCACAGAGCUGGGCCCAGGGAUUCCACCCCUCCCCAGAUCCCAAGAGCUGCUCUCACUGCCUUCCCCACUCUUCUCAGGAUCUUGGGAAGUAUUUCCAGCAUUACAGGCACGCAAAAGCUGGUGCUGCCACAGCCCACUUCAAGAUUCAGUGCAGCGCACACUUCACAACUUGUCAGAAAGACAAGAGUUAAUUAUCUCACCCUCCUUGUUGCUACAGCAACUGCACUCCUUUUCUGCAUCAACUGUUCCAGGAAAGACACUGAGGCAGUGUUCUGGCUGGUGAAGUUCACAGUACAAUGAUCAAACCUCCAAGAUGAAUUCUGGAUGUGUCGGAGCCACUACUGAAUUUAUUACAGCCCAACAGAAGGGAACUUGUAACUUCUGCUGCACUUCACCUGCUCACUGGGGAUUGAAGGGAAUUAUUUGAAAAUGGCAGUCAGAGAAGUUUACAGGAGCCUCUAAGACAGAGCCACAGAAAAGUGAGGGAACAGAGAUAAUACAGGGUUAGAUUAACAGAAGUGUUUGCCAAUUUCUUCAUUUUACUAAAUCGUUGCAAUAAAAUUUAUUGGCUGGCCACUCCAGGGUGACAGUGAGGGAUGAUAAUCCUGCAGGAGUCAUCAGGAGGGCAGAAACUAGAUAACAAACUUGUUUUUCUCCUGCUCCACCACAGUACAUUUACUCUGCCAAAAGGAGUGAUGUUGUUAAAGCCUUUGCAGUCAGCUGCAGCCACUUCUAUCUAUCAACCAGAAAAUAAACCCAGUUUCAUGCAUAUACUUGAGUCACUUCACUUUUGGGCAAAGUUUUAAAUCCUUGCUAGCAGAAAGGGUUCGCACUAUUUCAACUAACAAGUCCAAAAGCACAGCCCCUCUAUGAUAAUUAUGCAGGUUUAAAAAAAAACUUAUCAGGAAAAGGAAAACACAACUAUUGUACAAGAAAAGUGAGACAAGGUUUCCUAGAACAGAGGUUUUAAUUCACCCAAAACAAAUACUUAUUCAGAAGAAUCUGACCUUCAGCACACUGGCACUUGACUGUGACAGCUCAAGACCCAGAAUCCCUGAACUGGCAGCAAGUUUCCCAGUGGGGAAUGACUCAGCAUGGACCUCACUCUAGGCAGCUGGCACAGGACACACCUCAUGGAAUGAGUCUCUGCUGUUGCUGUUUGAUCCAGGGUCACAGCACUGCUUCCUCCAGCCUGACACCUGACAGAUCCUCCACACAGAAAAUCCCCACCAAAUUACUGCCUCAUUUCCAUCUCUUGGAAUUUGGAUGAGUGACACAUUGCUAAGGCUGCAAUAAAGGUUUACCUUCCCUUGGACACAGCAAACACUCUCUGGUAGCAAAGUAGUUACAGUGCAGACCCCAGGAUUGGCAGGCAUUCCCUUCCCACAUUCACUCACUGCCCAGCUUUUCUGGCACUUGGGAGGUGCUGAGGGAGAGCUGCUCCCCCAUGUGAGAGCAGCUGGAAGGGACAGCUCCACUAGGAACAAUGAGCCAGGCAAGCUCUCAGGUGGGACACGGAGGACAGGCCAACAUCUAGAACCCAUCAGAUGUCUCCUUUACAAACACAACACAGAUGUGCUACCAGCCACGUGCAGAGUGUUGUCACCAUCACCUUUUAUCCUGUGGAAGGGACCUGUUUGCAGCUCCCAGGCUGCACCACUCAAACUCUGCCCAAGAGCCAUUCUGCUCUUUGUUUUGUGUCCCCUUGAGAACUUUGUCAUGCAAGUGGGGAGAAUUUCAUCCAGUACUACUCCUGGCACUUAGGGAGUGGGCUAAGGUUGCAGUCCCUCAUCUCUAUUUUCCUUUACUUAAAGAAGAGAAGUGUCACUUUAUUGUGCUCGUUUUUCAGAAUUUAUUUUUCCAGAAAUCAACCGGAGUUGCAAAUUGCAGAACAGCCAGGGAAGCAGAGCUCCAAAAUGAAAGAAUUUUCUAGGGUUAGGGUUCCCCCCAAUAAAUGCAGAGUAACAGCAUGAAAUGGGCUACUUUAAGUUAGUGUACUCACUCUAAUGGCACAGAUCUUAUGAUUUUCACUACAAGAAACCCCCUCUACAGUUGUUAUUACAGACAGUUACUGCCCCAGUUAACAGCCCACUGCCUACAACAUAUAAUUAGAUCUUCUACAUCUUAUGUGCUAUUUUAAUUUACAGGUGGUAAAGAACAGAUAUGCCAUGGAAUCCUAAUGGCAGCUUCUCAGUUCUGCUCACAUUCUUUAUCUCACUCUUGAUAUUUAAUACAUUAGGCUUAGUAAAAAAUGUUCUUAGGUUUGUGUACUUAACACCAAAUCAGUAUUUUAACAAUAAUUUGUAAUGAAUUCUCUCCUACACAAGAACUGAAACAAACUUUUUUUUGCAACAGUGAACUCUGAAAAUACUUCAAAAACAAUAGUUCUGUAUAUCAUGAAAUAUCAACACAGCAAUGACUGUCAGUUAAGGAACUCGGACAGCUCUAUACAAAUGCAGAAAAGCCUUUAGCACUACUUGAUAGACACUCUCAGUCUGUUACAACAUUCCCGGGUGCUUCAUCGGUGAAUUUCAGCUUUAUUGCCCCUUACUGGGAGAAAAUUAGCAGCUAGGACAGCAGCCUCCAAGGAAGGAGAUACAGAAUCGAUUGAGGGAAUUCGGUGAUAAAGGCGAACAGUCAGGUAAGAAUAGAAACCCUUCAGUGAUCCUAAAACACUGCAAGAAAGGGUUCAACUGCCCUCACACCAACUCCAACAGGUUUCCCAACUAAACCAGCACCUGGCCUUUUCUGACACACUGAUCAGAUAAAUCUCUUAUUUUGGCUGCAUUUGGGGUUUUGCUUGCAUUUGUUUUGUUGGGUUUUUUCCUUAUUCAAGGGAACGAACCACCUCAUCUUGAGUUUCAGCACAAGGAAUGAAAUCUUCACACAGUUAGUUGCUAUGGAAAUAGUAUUUCAAAACUGGACAUCUGUUGGUACAAAAUCUAGGAACAACUUAACAAAAUAAGCUCUUAUUUCUCAGAAUCACUUGCUGAGGAGACACAUGGACUAAGCACAAGGCUCAGACAACUUUUUGGGGAUUAGUCCAAGCAGUGCCUCCAUAAAAAGGAACAUCUAACUUCCCUAGGAAAUGUCAAGAGAGUGUCCCACUUUUUUAUGUGUCCCCAAAUAAUUAUGACCGGUAUCCACCCAGCCUGACUAAACUCUUUUGAAAUGUAUCAGUUUGAACUUGAUAAUCUUAAAAAACAAAAAAAAACCAAAAAAAAAAAAA